AUGUCUCACGAGGAGGAUCUCAUUGACUACUCCGAUGAGGAGCUCCAGACCACCGAUGCGGCUGCCACCACUGCCGCUCCCGCCGCGAAUGGAGACUCCGACAAGAAGGGCGACUUAACUGUCACAGGCGGUCGUCCCGACAAGAAGGGAAGCUAUGUCGGUAUUCACUCGACUGGCUUCCGCGACUUUCUACUCAAGGGAGAACUUCUACGUGCCAUCACCGAUUGCGGUUUCGAACAUCCUUCGGAGGUCCAGCAAGUCUGCAUUCCGACCGCCAUUUUAAACGUAGACGUCCUUUGCCAGGCAAAGUCUGGUCUCGGAAAGACUGCCGUCUUUGUUUUAACCACUCUGCACCAGCUGGAGCCUGUCCCUGGAGAGUGCUCGGUCCUUGUUAUGUGCCACACCCGUGAAUUGGCAUAUCAGAUCAAGAACGAAUACGCUCGUUUCAGCAAAUAUCUUCCCGAUGUGAAGACUGCUGUCUUCUACGGAGGUACCCCUAUCCAGAAAGACAUUGAAGUGCUGUCGAACAAGGAGUCGUAUCCCAACAUCGUCGUUGCUACGCCCGGUCGUCUCAAUGCUUUGGUCCGUGAAAAGAAGCUUUCUCUGCGCAACGUCAAGGCGUUUGUUCUUGACGAAUGCGACAAGAUGCUUGACCAAAUCGAUAUGCGUCGUGACGUUCAGGAGAUCUUCCGUGCUACACCCGCCGACAAGCAGGUCAUGAUGUUUAGUGCUACCCUAUCGCAGGAAAUCCGUCCUAUUUGCAAGAAGUUCAUGAGAAACCCACUUGAGGUUUACGUGGAUGAUGAUACCAAGCUCACCCUUCAUGGUCUCCAGCAGUAUUACAUCAAACUCAGCGAGGCCGAGAAGAACCGGAAGCUGAAUGAGCUCUUGGACAGCCUCGAGUUCAACCAGGUCAUCAUUUUCGUUAAGAGCACACUCCGUGCCAACGAAUUGGACAAGCUCUUGCGCGAGUGUAAUUUCCCUAGUAUUGCAGUUCACUCUGGUGUGAGCCAAGAGGAACGUAUCAAACGCUACAAGGAAUUCAAGGAAUUCAACAAGCGUAUCUGUGUUGCGACGGACGUGUUUGGUCGUGGUAUUGAUAUCGAACGUAUCAACCUUGCCAUCAACUAUGAUCUGCCCGCUGAUGCAGACUCGUACCUACACCGUGUGGGUCGUGCGGGCCGUUUUGGUACAAAGGGCCUGUCGAUUUCCUUUGUCAGCAGUGAAGAGGACCAGAAUGUCCUCAAGGAUAUUGAGAAGCGAUUCGAAGUCGCUCUUCCUGAGUAUCCUGAGGGUGGUGUUGACUCCUCUACCUACAUGGCCUAA